AUGGCGGCUGCUGCGGAUCAUGGAAAAGUUACCACUAUCCUUAGUAUUGAUGGUGGAGGAGUGAGAGGCCUCAUCCCUGCCACCAUACUCGCCUUUCUCGAAUCUGAACUCAAGACACUGGAUGCAAAAGAUGCAAGGGUUGCCAACUACUUGAUGUCGUUGCUGGGACAAGCACAGGAGGCCUUGGUCCUCAUAUCUUCCCUAGGAAACCAACCAUAUGAUGACUAUUUUGGAAUGUCAAUAAGUCCCAUAAUUGAUGAAGAAACACUGACCUUUGUGAAAUGGGUUGAGAAAGCAUUGCGCCCCAAAUACAAUGGUACUGCCCUGCAUGACAUAAUCAAGAAGGUAAUAGGAAAAGCACGGCUUCAUGAAACUAUAACCAACGUCAUCAUUCCCUCUUAUGACAUCAAGUUUCUCCAACCAGUCAUCUUCUCCACCUUGAAGGCAAAACACGAUCCAUCAAAGGAUGAUGUUCGGCUAGCAGAUGUCUCCAUUGCCACAUCAGCAGCACCAUACUAUUUCCCUCCUUGCUAUUUUGAGCAUAAACCAUCCAAUGGAGUCCCAAGAAAAUUUAACCUCAUCGACGGUGGUGUUGCAGCCAACAAUCCUGUACACUCACUUUGCUGGCAAUCAUUGAGGCUGCUAGGGAGAUGUCUCAAAAUAAAAAAUGUGGCACAUUGCUUGAAGAACAUUGAUAGCAGUAAGCUCCUUGUUCUGUCUCUCGGAACUGGAUCUGCAAGGAGGGAUGAGAAGCUUCAGACAACCGCAACAGAAGACACGGUUGACAUAUACAUGUCUGCUUUCUUCAAUGUCUCUGGCUACAGUGACAACUAUCUCGGGAUCCAGGAUGAUAGCUUGAAAUACAGCGAAGCUGCUUUGGACAACUCACGUAGAGAAAAUCUUGAGCACCUUGAGAAGAUUGGGAAUCAACUCCAUGAAAAACCUGUUUCUGCAUUGAACCUGGAGAACGGCUUGUAUGAACCGAUAGACAACACAUUCAAAUACAAAGACGGGCUUGCACAGUUUGCCAAAAAGCUGUCAGAUGAAAAAAAAAUGGCGACUAGUUGGUCACUCUCACUGAUAAAACUAUCGUCUGAGAAGAAAACUUUAAACUAUAUAUACCGUGCAGUACCGUUUUAA